AUGAGCCCAUUUCAGGUUGUUGAUUUGGAAUUCAUCCAGAUCCAUUUCCCCAUUCAACUCGCCCGUCCAGCACUGGAAACCGGGCAUCUGAGGCAAGAGGAAGAGGUGCCAGACGGUGUCAGAUCCAAGAGGAUCCAAUGGUUUCAGGUGCGUGCCUCCGACAUCGUCCGUGUGUUGGGCCCUGGCAGGCGCCAUUGGCUGGAGGCUGGCAUAGCUGAGCGGGGCAACAGGCGACGGAGUAACGGUAGCAAGGCGGACGGGGGUGAAAGCCGGGGCAUUCUUUGUUACGUGAAUAAGCAGUAUCGCGGUGCUCGAUCUUAUGGCACCAUCAGUCAAGAGGAGUUGGAAGAAGCUGCUCGGAUCCGAAACGAAUACAACCAGGACCUAUCCUCUGUCAAGAAGGCUGAUGUGGAGACAUGUGGAAACUGGGAAGCGGAUGCUAGGCCCAAAGCACGAAGGAGGCUGCUGUUGAAGCGCUUGCGCCCCAGCUUCCAAGCGCCCCAAGAGGAUGAGGGUGAAGAUGGUGAAACAGAAGAGGAGGACGAGUCAAGUUCUGGUUCCAAUGAGGACGCAGAUGCCGAUGGCGCAGAUGGGCUUCUGGAGACAAAGCUUUUCGUGCCAACGCAGCUUGCGGGACAUCGCCUCUCUGCCAUGUCUCUGCUUUCCAUGUCUCUCCUGGCCCUUGCGGCCCUGGCCGCGGCAGAUCGAUUGGUGGUGCGCUUGCAGCGCGUGCCCGGGAAUGGCACGCAUUUCUAUGUGGGAAGGGUGUCGGUGGGCGAACCCAAGCAGAGCUUCUCAGUUCUUUUCGACACCGCCUCGGGGCAUGUCUUGCUUCCUCAUGGCUCUUGCAAGAGUCCUGCCUGCCACAAGCACCAAAGGUUCUUGCCAUGGAAGUCCGCCACUGCCUUGGACGUGAACUCUAAUGGCUUGCCGGUGCAAAAAGAUCACCAGCUGACUGUGGGCCACGUGCGCCGUGAUGCGGUCAAUCUGGAAUUUUCGCAAGCGGAUUUGGGGGAAGGAGUGGCCGAAGCAGUGCUGGUGAAGGACAAGGUGUGCUUGGGCAACGACCUGAACCAGCUCUGCGCCGACGUGGAUGUCAUGGCCGCGGCAAGCCUGGAGAAGUCGAUGUUCGAGGAGAUGCCCUACGACGGCAUCGUGGGGCUGGGCCUCGGCGGCUUGUCCGCCGAGGCGGGCAGCGACUUCGUGGGCCGUCUGACGGCGAUGCAUCCGCAGCUGCGACCGCAGAUUGGACUCUCCUUGGGCGCCCAAAGCGGAGAACUUUACCUGGGACACCAUGAGGUCUCGCGAAUGGCCCAGGAUCUAACCUGGUUCCCCGUGUUGCAUCCCGAGGACGGAUUCUGGGAAGUCUCCGUCCAAGCAGUUCGCUUGGGCAACCGGACGCUGGACAGCUGCGAGAGCGGCUGCCGCGGCAUCAUCGACACUGGAGCCUCCAGGUUGGGUGUGCAGAGGGAGAACUUCGAAGUGCUUCGGAGUGCUCUGUCGACUGCCUCACCGCUGGUGGGCGGUGGUUGUCGUGGGGAGGACUUGAUCUUUGACCUGGGUCCGAUGGCAUUGACCCUGCGGGUGGAGGACUAUGCUGCUGGAAACAGCUGUGCCCCUCAGCUGGGGGCUUUGGAGUUGGACCCCAAGGACUUUCAUGGCGUCUACGCUUUCGGCGAGGACUUGGCUUCAGUCCAAGGGGCAUGGGGACAUGCAGGAGUUCGAUCCUCCCUGGUCGGCGCCACCUUGCGCCAGUACUACACGGCCCUGGACUGGACCUCCCGGCGCAUCGGCUUUGCACCUGCGGCCAAGCGAAGAGUGGCCCUGGGCGCCCUGGGACGGGAGAAGAUGGAUGACUUGCUCUUUGGAAUGGCCCAGCUCUGGGAACUCGAGUUCCUGGAGCUCCGCAGCCGGCGUCGGCGAUGUGUCGGCGAAGAGCUUCAGGACUUGGCUGCGGCCCAAAGCUUGGCUACCUCUGUGACGAAGCCGGGCUCCAGCCGGGUCUCCGGGCUGGCGCUGCAGGCGGCUGCCCGGGCGCUCUACGAGACCAAGAACUUCGUUAGCAGCGCGGUUUUGCUGUGGGAGCUGCGCGACUUUGGAGUGGACCGGGAGGUGCUGGAGCGACGGCUGGACGUAGUGAAGGCUCAAAAUUUGUUCGACCAGGUUGCCGUCAGACUGGGCGUGGCAUAUCUCGAUGCUGGACUUUGGCGGGAUGCCUGGGAGGCCUUGAUGGGCGCCUGCGCCCAGCCGCGCCUGUCGCGGCCCUUGGCGAAGAUCGCCGUCGCGGCCCUGGCCGAUGCGGCGGAGCGCGGCGCCAACGCGUCGGAGGCGUUGCAACAGGUGGAACUGCUGCAAGGGCUGUUGGACGCGGAGGCUGUGCUGAGAGCCUUACCCCGCGAUCGCCGGGAGGGCCUGGAACUCUACAUGGCUCUGUCACUGGAAAAGAUCGGGCGCAAGAAGGAGAGCCGUGAGCUACUCACGCGCUUGGCCCAGCAGGGCACGUCCACACGGAGGAAGCAGGCUGAAUGGGCCUUGCUGGUCCAGGAUGCUGAAGUCUCAGACAACGCCGAGGGCCGCGAGAUGCGACGGAUUUGGGAGCAGGCUCCAUCGCCCAUCCUUCAAAGUUCCACGAGCCGCGGGGCCGGUGCGGCCAAGAUGAUGUCCAAAGAGGUGACAGCGCCAAACUUUGGGGAAGUUGCAAGAGCAGGGCGAUCUGCGUUGGAUGAAGCAGCACCAGUGCUGGCAACAUUGCUACUGGUGCUCGACCUUAGCCGCGUUGCCGUUGGCGGUGGUGCCAUUGCUGCUCCUCAAGGGGCAGUAGCAAAAAGUGGGCCUGGACCAACCUUGGUGGAUGUGGCUCCAGCCGAUGGUUCGUUGUUUGGCAAUGCGAAGCAGUUGCCUCUGCUGGACCAGCUAAUGAAAUUGGAAGCUGAACAGGAGGAGAGACGGCGAGAAUUAGCCGCCCUCCUCGAGAACCAGGGAACCCGGCAAAACACUCCGGAAGAAGCAGAACGUCAACAUCUUAUGAAGGAAAAUCGGGAACGCCUAGAGGAACUUCGUUUCGAUCAAAUGAUCCUCAUGGAGAAGCAGCGUGAACUUCAGCAUGUGGAGAUGGAUGUGCCAGCUCUGGAGGCGAAACCGGAAGAGCUGAACCCCUUUGGUGACUACUACAGGAAGCACAUCCUGAAGGUCUUGCCGCCAAGGCUCUACGUCGGCUUCCUGGAUCACACCGCAGCAAGAGAGGCUGCAGCUGCAGCCCUCCAGGCAACUUGGUUGCUGAGGACGGCGACUCCUCCGUGGCCGUCUCCGCCGCCAGCCGCGCCCGGCGCGGCGACCGCUCCGCGGGCUCGCGGCGGGCGCCCAGCGCCUCGAGGCGCCACGGCGCGCGAAUCGGCGCGUUCCAGCGACUCCACGGCGGCCACGGGGCCAGGUGUGUCCCACCGCGGACCUCGGAUCUCAGUGCCCAAGUUGGUGUUGCCUAAGAGGCUUCAAGAUGGAUCAGACCCAUCGGGGCGACCUUUGGAUAGCCGGCAGCGCAAGACCCGGGAAGCCCUGGAAAAGUUGACGGCCGUCUAUUCGGUGCCAAUAAGCCGGUCCUGUCCAUCCUUAUGCAGUGGCAAGCGGGCAGGCGGUGCGGCUUGCGAGGCCCAGAAUGGCCAGGAGAAGCGUCCGCCCCGGCCGCCUCUGCCAGUACCGCCAAAGGAGCGUUUGGUGAACAAACCCACCACUGAAGCAACCAGGGUGAGGAGCGAACAGGCUUUGGACAAAGAGCGACAUUUGCAGCGGAGGCCAGAAGCUAAGUUGCAGCCUUUGAGCUCCAAUCCAAAGAAGGAAAAGGCCUAUGGGCCCUCCCUGGGAGAUGAGCUUCGUGUGCGGGGUGAGCUAGGCCUGGCACCAUCUCCUGUGAAAACUCUUAUCUUGGUCGACUUGAUGGCUGUUUCCAUGCCAAAAUGUUGACGCGCUCUCUGACGGGACAAUGGCCCCCAGCUGCUUACUGUAGGC